AUGGACCGGCGCCUGGUCCCGGCCCCCGAUAAGCCGAGAGGGGUCAUGGCGAGUUUUAUUCCUGUGAGGAAAUACUAUCCCCCGUCUUCCAGCAAAAGCUCUAACCACUCGGCAGGGAUUUGGCAGAGACAAUGCGCAGCUGCAACAAAACACUAAGCCGGCCGACGAAGCAAGAUAUAGAUGGCCUAUUCAACGCAAUACGGCCCUAGACGCCGCGCUAGCUGGGCUAGAAAAGGAGAGAGAAAACCUAAGUGAAGCUAACGAACGCCUGCAACACGAUAACGAGGGGCUCAGGAUCAAGGUCAAGACGCUGGAAAACAUAGCUAGGGAGCUUAACGGAAGGCUGGACUCGCAAACGGAAGAACUCAAAAAUAUUCAGGCCCAAGAGUACCAGAAAUCAAAGGGUGUUCCACGCGAGUCACACGAAGCCAUUAGCUCGCAAUUCCGGGAGAUAUUUCGGCAGUGCGCGGACUGGGCGAGGGACUAUUUUAAGAUCAAGAUGGCUGAUUUUGAUGUAAGGGGAUUCCCGGAGUUUGAAAGGGAAUUGGAAGAGGUGUCCUGGAGUAGCAGUGACUGGGGCAAUAAGGUGCACUUCAAAGCUUCACACCUAGUCCAGGCAGUGCUUGGAAACAUGAUCUGCGAAAAAAUUCUUGCUUCUCCCUUUUACGGAACGCCACAAGAUUUUCAAGAACUGUUUCAAAAUUUGUACAAGAUCAAGAAUCGUAGUACGUCUUCCUCUCCUAGCCCUGUGGGCUAUGCUGAUGAGCGUAGGUGAUAGGGCAGAGGCGCAGCGCUGGCGAGCGAGCAGUCUCCAGGCCUAUUACUCAUGCAAGAGAUGGCCGUUGAGUGGGGAGUAUUCCCCUUCGCUCCAAGCAUACAAAAACAAUAAUGCGACGGAAAUCUUGCGGCAUAUCGAGAAAGUCCUCAGACCAAUCAUCACCGCCUAUUACCCCAAUUUAUCCGACCAAGAAACGCAGGUGCAGACGGAAAGGCUCUUCUCGAUAAUCAAAGACGCCAAAACGCUCGGUGAGAAGAUGGGCAAGCAGGCUUCAGAGCUACGGGUGCUCUCCAAGUCCUGGUUCAGCAAGAGAGAUCGGCUUUUCACUCCCGACGACGACCGGAUGGAGAAUAGAUAUGGUGGCGAAGACUACGACUCUCAAGACAAUUUACGGGUGGACUUGAUUCUUUCCCCGGGGUUCCUCAAACACGGCAACGACAACGCGGAGAACCUAGACGAUUGGGACGUAUGGACGCCUGCAAUCGUGGAAAUACAUGAUCCAGCUAGACUGCUCCCACCGCCACCACCGAGACCGCCAACGGCACCUACAAGGACACCGAUGACGUUCGUUUCGGGGGCCCUUGGGGAAUUGCCUGGGGGUAAACAGCAACAGGCAGCAGUAAUGUCUAACACGGCGAGCGAGCAAGAGCGCGACGAGGACGAAGAAUCCGAGGACAAGCAAGCUUUCACGAACGCACGCCUUGCUGACUUUAUGUGGGUUUAA